AUGAAGUCGGCCGCCAGUUUGGUGAGGCGAGUAGAUCUACGGCCAGUGUAGUUUGGAUUGGUGCAUACCUUCAGCGGUCCAGUCAGUUUCUCCUCCGAAAAGACCCGGUCCCCGACGACCAGCAGGAGUUGUCGAAGUUUUCACUGGAUGGCACUGGCGGCGAAGUUCCAGUAAUCAGUGCAGCCACAAUGGCCUCUCUCCAUAUUUUCUGCGUCCAAUUGAUGGCCCUGCUUGCAGUGUCUGCUAUGGCCAAUGCCUCCGAUUCAUGCGUGUUUGGCACGAUCCAGAACGGUACACGGAAGUGCUCAUGCGACGGGGACUUCAAAGGGGCCUCCUGUGACCAGUAUACAUGCUGGGGAAAGCAGCUUCGAAUAGCUCCAUCGCGCAAACAGGUGAACUACAUACAAGCCAUUGCCACCUGCAAGGCACUCGAUGGCAAUAGCGGGAUUUGGACCCUGAUGCCCAGGGAAUUUCAAUCGUGCGCACAGGUGUUCCUGCAAAAGCUUGGCUUCGGAGCAGAGAGUCCAGUGCUGGCCGACUUUGUCAAUUCGUAUGGAGGUGGUGUCCUGUACAAUAAUGGCAGCUUUGACCCGACCGGAAUUGCUACCAUCACGCUCUGCAUACUCAAAAAUCUCUACUGCCGCGCGCCCGGCGGUGAAUUUCUUGUGAUUCGCGCGUUUGACGGGAUACGGUACAAUUUUUACAACUCUCAAUUCUUCUGCCGGAGCCAGCAGAUGGAGGUGUUGACACCCGGCGUAGUGGAGUGUGCAAUCUAUCGCGGCGCCUAUCGUGAUAUAUGGGCGUGGGUGGACACUGUACCAAGGAAGAUUACCUACACUACUCGGACCAACCUGUUAAUAACAGCUCCCGACGUGUUGUGCCAGCGACGUGUGAACUAUUGUCCACAACUUCAAAUUGCCAAUGGAAAUCUGAGUAUCACAUCGUUUUCCCACCAGAUUGAGGCAAAUUGUCAUGAUGCGUACUUUACAGUUGGCCAUGCCAGCUGUAAGGAGCGUGAAGGAUGGGUGUUGCCUGAUAAGCCAUUGUGUCUCAGCCGAACAUGUUUGGCUGGUACCCCCAAUGACACGACGGGCGCGUGUGAGUGCCACAAGAAUUACUCCGGAGUUAUCUGUGAUCACAUUGAAUGCCGUGGAAAAAAACUGCGAUUCCUGUCCACGAGCGAGCUCAAUCGGGAGCAAGCAAUUGCUGGCUGCGAAGCACUCGAUGGAAAUAGCGGAAAAUGGACGCUGGUGUCCAGGGAGUUUCGCCCGUGCACCAAGCUGUUCAUGCAGAUGAUUGGCUCUAAUGCUAGCCAACCGCUGCUGGAAAGAUUCUCUCCUGAAGGCGGUGUGCACAUGAGAAACGCCAGCUCCACUUGGUUUGAAAACCCUUCCAAUGCUCGCAUUACAUUCUGUAUGCUCAAAAGUCAUAUCUGCACAAUAAAGCAACGUGAUUUUGUUGUGACGGGUUUCUAUGGGCAAGGAGGAUAUACGUAUGCAAGUGCCAAGCAGGUGUGCGAGUCUAACGGACUGCAGUUACUAUCGGCAGAUGUCGCUAAAUGCGCAGCCAGCGCCACUGGUGUCUACAGCGGUGUAAAGGCAUGGACGUCUGGCCAAACACCGGAGAUAACGAACAGCGACAGCAAGAGUCUCUCGACCGGAAAUGCUCCCGAUGUGCUUUGCCAACGAUGUAAGUUUUUGUUCCUGUUAGACGGCCUGGAUUGA